UCUUCACAAACAAGUCCUACUGCUGGUUGCAUGACCACGCCUAAGAGGCUUGGCAGAGUCAUUUUAAAUCCUUUGCUUAUAGUUUCUGCUCUUAACGACUAAACAACACGAGAGAUGGACUACAAAGAACAGGUUGAGCAGGUUGUAUCCACCGCGCAAUUCGGAGAUCUGAUCGAGUUCUCGUACCCCAUUGGCUACGCACACUGGGGCGUGUAUGACGGAGAUGGAUACGUCAUUCACUUUUCGGUUGCCGAUGAAACUCAGGUGAUGAGUACGUUUCGAAAUUGUCUGCAGGCUAUCUUCCCUGUUUGUGGUGAUCUUUUGCUUGGAGAAACUAAGAUAAGGCGUCAGCUUCUGUCUGAAGUUAACGUGCCAAAAGGAGCUCGUGUUGCAGUGAGCAAUGACCGGCACGAUCUCGAGCCUUCACCUGUGGAAGAAAUUAGAAAACGACGAGAUGCUUUACUGGACAAAGAGUUUACUUACAAACUCUUCACACACAACUGUGAGCACUUUGCCACAUUUGUCCGCUCCGGUAAAGCUAUGUGCAAUCAGAUUCCCGGGAAGCCCAAAAACAAGGAAUGUGUGGAAUCUACGCAAUUAUUUAGCUACCUUGUGCCAUCGAGUUAACCUACAGAAUACUCCAGAUUUUCACAAUAUUAAUAUAUUAUGUUUGAUUAAUGAUGUUUCUCACACACUCAUUAAUUCCUGUUUGAUGUCAUGGAAAAGGGUUCUUCACUGAUCUGUAAUAGUACUGUAUAUAUUAGUGGUUCCUCACUUUCUUCAGUGUGCCUGGAGGUCUUGUUUUGUCUCCCAGCCUUGUCAAGCUAUAGUAAAGGUGUUCACAUGUUUAUGACUGUCCUUUUCACAUUUCCAACUAAAAUGGCACAUACUAUUACUAAUAUUACCAGUUUACACCACAGUUACAAAAACACCAUUAAAUUGCUUGACAAGUGCAGAUUUCUUUCCUGUGCUAAUGCAAUGUCUAUUACAAAAGAAAUUCUGGGAAAUAUCUAAGAGUUCAUCUUUUUUAAAUAGCCAACACCCAGCAGACACAGAACAUUCCCCUAAUGUUAGCAUAUGGUUCCGGUUUAAUUAUUAGCCUAUGCUGAAAAAAUAAUACAAUAAAACAGAGAGA